AUGGUUGGAAGAAUGAAACUCGCCUUUUACUCCAAAAUGCAAGAGGCGCCGGAGAGCGGCAGCAGCGCCAGCACGAGCAGCUCCUAGGCCGCGGCCGGCAUAAAGGGGGAGGGGGCCAGCCCCGAGAAGGAGCGACCCCCCGAGGCCGAGUACAUCAGCUCGCGCUGCGUCCUCUUCACCUACUUCCAGGGGGACAUCAGCGCCGUGGUGGACGAGCACUUCAGCCGGGCGCUCAGCCAGCCCAGCAGCUUCUCGCUCGGCAGCGCGAAGGCGGCGCGGAGCGCAGGAUCCUGGCGGGACGGUUCCUUCCCCAUGAGCCAGCGCAGCUUCCCACCGUCCUUCUGGAACAGCACAUACCAGCCCUCGUCUGUCCCUGCCACGCUGAGCAGCCCCUUGGCCGCCUGGACGACACCGGCACCGUUCCCCAACGCCGCAGGCGACGUGGCGCAGAGCCUCGGCCUCAACGUGGAUGCAGCUCGACGUUACUCCUUCUGUGGUGGAUCCCUUCUGAGCUGAUCUGCUGCCUCCUAGACCCCCCCUUGCCCUUUUCCAAGCCCGCUGUGGCCCUGCAACUUGGGGAAAGACAACGGGACUUAAACCGACCUGGCAAUGCAAGGAUGCUACUUUAGACUCAUUUUGGAGAGGGAAAUCCUUCUGUUGAAAGAGGAGAGCCAAAGACUUUGAACUUUUAUUUAAACAAACUCUGCACCCAGGACUGCAAUCAGACUACUUUAAAAGAGUCAAAUGACAUUGCGAAUGGUGAUGCAAAACCACUGGUCUUCUUACAGGGGACAGAGGAAAUCUGUUUUUUUAGUGGUGUGAAUAUUUUUUUAUGGCAGUGAAAAUUAUUUCUUGAAAGCAACAUGGGAAAACUAUUUAGUAAUUCUGAACUGGAUUUUUACUUUACGUUAUAAAAGUAAAAGGAGAAGAGGUUGGGAAAACAUGAACGUUUUUGGAUUAUCAAAAAACUGGUCAGAUUUUUCAGCUUUGUGGUUAUGAGUGGCAAGUGUCUAGCUUGGGCCACCUGCCUUGGGCUUACAGAAAUGCAGCUGUUCCCGGGACAACUGUUCAGACUUCAGAAAUAUGAAAACCAAGGUGGCACUUCUCAGAGUUUGGCACAACAUUU